AUGUCUGAACCUGAACUUUCCUCCUCCUCCUCCUCCUUCUACAUUGGAUCUCCGAUGGACACCGACACUGAAAACAGCGAACAGCUUUACGUCCACUCCAUCUCUCAAGCUGGCCGCCUUCUCCCGUCGUCCAGCCGAUGGAAUUCCAUAGAAGUCGACUUCAACCUGUUUCCUCAUGCUCGAGACCCUUCUACCUACGGAUCACUACCUUCACGAUAUUCCAAAUCCGUCGAUUUCAAACUAACCAUCACCAAUAAAACCCACUUCAAACGUUUUGUUUACGCCGCCGGAGCCAUCGUUUUCCUCAUCCUACUUGUAUCUUUGUUGCUGCAUUUCCUGCUACACAACAAAAAUCAACAUGCCGCCCCAAAAGACCUAACACUAGCGCUUCAAAACGCAUUGCUUUUCUUCGAUGCUCAGAAAUCUGGGGUAUUGCCCAAAGACAUUAAUAUGGUGAAGUUUCGAGGUGAUUCUGGAUCGGAAGAUGGGAAUUCAAGUCUUGUUGGUGGAUUUUACGACUCUGGGAACAACAUCAAAUUUAGCUUUCCAACGGCUUAUACGAUCACUCUGUUGAGUUGGUCUGUGAUUGAAUAUCAUCAGAAAUAUGAAGAUAUCGGUGAACUCGAUCACAUCAAGAACAUAAUCAAAUGGGGGAGUGACUAUUUGCUCAAACUUUUCAUCCCCGCAAAUCAAACCUCUACUGGUUCAAGUACUCUGUUUUCACAGGUCGGGAGCACAUCGAACAGCACGUCGCCUGAAAACGAUCUCAAUUGUUGGCAACGACCGGAGGAUAUGAGAUAUUCGAGGCCGGUUUUUAGUUGUGAUGAUUCGGCUUCCGAUUUGGCCGGAGAAAUUAUUGCAGCACUUUCAGCAGCAUCAUUAGUGUUCAAGGAAGACCAAAAAUAUUCAAUCAGUUUAACCAAAACGGCGACGGAGUUAUUCAGUGUGGUGGCAAACGUAGAGGAAGAGCCCGGCCGGGGGUUUAUUCAAGGUACUUAUACGAUGAAAGAUGAUUGUGGGGGAGAAGCAAGAGGGUUUUAUAACUCAACAGGAUACAUGGAUGAGUUAGUAUGGGGAGGGACUUGGUUGUUUUUCGCUACUGGAAAUACGAGUUAUCUUAGAUACGCUACAGAACAUCUUGUUUCAGCCCAAAAUGAAGAACUAUCGGUCGAUAAAGGCAUUUUCUAUUGGAAUAACAAGCUCACUGCAAUUGAGGUUUUGUUAACAAGACUCAGAUUCUUCUUUGAUCUUGGAUACCCAUAUGAAGAAUCCUUCAUAUUAUCAACUAACAAUGUUGACUCGCUCAUGUGUUCGUAUUUGUCUCCUACUACACAUAAAACACAAGGUGGAUUGAUAUUCUUAAAGCCGAAUGACUAUGGAUCACUUGAGUAUGCCGCCACGAGUUCCUUUCUUAGCAAACUGUAUAGCGACUAUCUUGAUCUUCUGCAUAGAUCUGGUAGUGGUUGCAUUGAUGGUGCUGAAUUUUCCCUUCAACAGCUGCGGGAUUUCUCUAUAUCUCAGGUUAAUUACAUACUUGGAGACAAUCCGAUGGGAAUGAGCUACAUGGUGGGAUUUGGAAACAACUACCCGCAGCAUGUCCACCAUAGGGCUGCAUCAAUCCCAUGGGAUAAUCAGUGGCAUUCUUGUGCCCAAGGGACUACGUGGUUGAACUCAGAAGAACCAAAUCCUAAUGAACUUUUAGGAGCUAUGGUUGGAGGACCCGAUCAAAAUGAUAUGUUUUUAGACGACAGGCAUAAACCAUGGUUCACUGAACCUACCAUUUCGAGCAAUGCUGGUCUAGUUGCAGCACUGGUUGCACUCCAUGAUCCUCCCCGUAAAUCGAAUGAUGUAGGUUUAUUAGGUAUAGACAAUUUUGGUAUCUUUCAUAAUGUCCAUUUAAUAACUCAAUGUCGUUGA